CCGAAACGUCAUUUCGUCCGAGUCCUGCGAAGAUUAGUCACUGUUUUGAUUCCGUUCGGAUCGAUCUCCCGUUUUUUGUAAACCCCGCGAUGGCCGCCAACUUUCCGGAGGUUCCGGCCACGCUGAAGCCCAUUGCGCACUAUUUGAAGACGGCGCAGGAACACGACGCCCGCGAUGCCAUCGUCAGCUACUGGUGUCGAUUGUACGCCCUCCAGGUGGGACUUAAAAUCAACAGCCAGGGUAUGGAGGAACGAAAGUUCCUUAUUCAGGUGAUGGACUGGUUGGAGACGACGAAGAAGGCCCACACGGAGAACGAAUCUAUCACGAAUGAGGUGGCCGCGCAAGCUUAUCUGGAGAAUUACGCGCUGAAGUUGUUUUUGUACGCGGACAAACAGGACCGGGCCAGCAAUUUCGGGAAGAAUGUCGUGAAGGCAUUCUACACGGCCGGAAUGAUCUACGACGUACUGCAAACGUUCGGCGAACUGACCGAGGAGGUGACCCAGAAUCGAAAGUACGCCAAGUGGAAGGCCUCCUACAUUCACAACUGCUUGAAGAAUGGCGAAACUCCGGUACCUGGACCGAUGCAGUCCGCAGAGGACGAAGAGUUGGACAACGAGUUGCAGAAUCUGGUACCGGGACCAAGCAACCCAGCACCGGACCAACCGCCUGCCCCAGGGCCAAGUCAGCAGCAACCGCCGUAUCCACCGAUGGGAUUCAACAGCUUCCCGUCGCCGGGGCAGCCACAGCUACCUUUUUCUGGCCCACCCUCCGGUCCCACCAACUUCGUUACGAACGACCCGUUCAGCAACGUGAAGGCACCGACGCCGCCGAGCGAACCGGAGAAACCACCCGGCGGAUGGCAACCGUACACGGGACCAGCCGGAGGAGGUGUCGCUCCGGCGGCCGCACCCGUUGCGACCGGUGCCGGUGUGACCCUCACACCCGACCAGAUUACCAAGGCCCAGAAGUACUGCAAGUGGGCCGGAAGUGCGCUUAACUACGAGGACACCAAAACGGCGAUUGACAACCUGCAGAAGGCGCUACGGCUGCUGCAAACCGGCCAAGAUGGCUGAAAGAGCUGAUCUUGUAUGUGUAAAGUAUUUUGUGUAUUGAUCUUAGAUUGCGAAAGCCGCGAUUUAAACUCAUUUUGUUGUUUUAAAGCUUUUUACACCGGCCAUGGGUGCACGCCUCCAGAUUAAUAAAGAAACUAUUUAAUCAACCACUCAAA